AAGCAAGCGUCAGUGGGUCAACAGAUACACGCUUCUGUUAUUGUUUUUUAGCAUACACAGAUUUUUCUACGUUUCUAAUUUCUAAUCUAUAUUUUUCUAUGUCCCAAACAACAUAAAAAACUCAUUAUUAUUCAUCUCUUUCUUCUCAAUCUCUCAUUUACCAUAUAACAAAACUUUCCUUCAUCAAUUCUUGUGUAUUUCAUGGGAUGUCUUAGUCUCAGAAUUGAGAACCAUAGACAACAAGACACAAUUUCCAUGGACAAAUCAAAUAGCUUUCUUCAUAGUCUUAUCAAACACUUCAAAUUCGGUUCCACCACAGAGAGAAACAAUGAAGCUGAUUUACAAAGAAUGGCUUCACAGGAGCAGAAGAUAUUUUCUUAUGAAACCCUUGUUUCUGCUACAAAGAAUUUUAAUGCUGUUCAUAAGUUAGGUGAGGGAGGUUUUGGACCUGUCUUCAAGGGGAAAUUGAUUGAUGGGAGAGAAGUUGCAGUGAAGAAAUUAUCACAUACAUCAAAUCAAGGGAAGAAAGAGUUUAUGAAUGAGGCAAAGUUGUUGGCUCGUGUGCAGCAUAAGAAUGUGGUGAAUUUGUUAGGUUAUUGUGUUCAUGGAGCAGAAAAGUUACUUGUUUAUGAGUAUGUUCCUCAUGAAAGCCUUGACAAGCUUCUUUUCAAAACUGCAGAUAAGAGGGAGCAGCUUGAUUGGAAACGUAGGUUUGGGAUAAUCACAGGUGUGGCAAAGGGAUUACUUUAUCUCCACGAAGACUCACACCAUUGCAUAAUCCAUAGAGACAUCAAAGCCAGUAAUGUAUUGCUUGAUGACAAAUGGACACCCAAAAUUGCUGAUUUUGGAAUGGCACGUCUCUUCCCCGAAGAUCAAAGCCAAGUCAAUACGCGUGUGGCUGGUACCAAUGGAUAUAUGGCUCCUGAAUAUAUGAUGCAUGGAAGACUUUCCGUCAAAGCUGACGUGUUUAGCUAUGGGGUUUUGCUAUUGGAGUUGAUCACUGGCCAACGAAACUCUUCCUUUAAUUUGGAUGUGGAGCACCAUAGCCUUCUUGAUUGGGCAUACAAGAUGUACAAGAAAGGCAGGAGCUUAGAAAUUGUAGAUUCUGCAUUAGCAUCUACAGUGUUAACAGAACAAGUAGCAAUGUGCAUUCAGCUUGCUCUGCUAUGUACUCAAGGAGAUCCACAUCUACGUCCGACAAUGAGACGAGUAGUGGUGAUGCUUUCAAGGAAAUCACCACAAAGCCACAUGGAAGAACCAACAAGACCAGGAAUACCAGGUAGUAGAUAUAGAAGACCUCCUGGACAUUCUGCUUUGUCUUCUACAGUUGGUAGUGGUGCUUCUUAUUCUCGAUCUUUUGAUUCAAGCAACAAUUGUACGACGCAUACAAACACUGCCACUGGUACAAGUUCAGCAACUGCUGAAUUAGACAUAAGAGGGAAACGUCCAAUGCAGGAUUAGGCUCACUCAUUUUGUUUUGCCAAGUGAUGGGGGAGAGAGCUAUUCUUUUUGCAAUCUAUUUAUGUGAUUUGAACUUGUUAGAGUGUAGAUAUUGAGAUGGUUAGGCUAGGAACCUCUAGGUUGAUGUGAAUUCUUAUUCUUUUAAUAAUUUUAAGAUAAAAAUGAGCUGAAAUUCGAAAUUCAUGUAAUCUCAUCCAGGUCAUGGCCCCAAUAAAGUGUAUAGUACUCAUUUCGUAAUAAAUUUUAAGCAAAAUGAAUGAAAAAAGUAAUAUAGUUUUCAUCCAAA